AUGCUGAAGGUGGUAGGGAGGAAAGAGAAGAGUCGGCGUGCUCUUGCAUGUUAUGUUCAAGACACUGCGUUGCAGGGAGCAUCACGCCCAAAACCACCUAAGAUCGUACAUUUCAGCUCAAGUAUUGAGAAUGUGAUUACACAGCAGUUGGAAUUAACGCACAAAAGGUAUGAAGGCGACCGGUACAUCGCUUGGUUCACAGUGAACAAAGCGUGCAGCAUUCGUAGAAUUUCUUCUCUAUCCGUCAUCGACAAAGGCAACUUCCUGUUAACUACGAAAAACGGUCACAGCAUCAUAGCAACGGGAACGUGGGACCACUGCGCCUGUACCUUCGAGCGUCCGGUGAUAUUGGAACCACAUGUUACUUACAACUUAAUAUAUCAAAGUAAAACUAGAAGCAACGACGAAUUCACUGUUGUCAUAAGGAAAGUUGUAGGUGGUGUAACAUUCCUAGUGUUGCUAAAUACCGUAUAUCUCACCAUAGAGUUCACUAAAAGUCAAUCGGAAUCGGAAUCUGAUUCUGAAUCUGAUUCAUCCGAGUCCGCAGGGAACUCGAGCAGUGACGGGUCAGACUCGAUAGAAGUCAUUCAGGAGGCCGAGGCCAUGAUGGCUGACCUUCAGGUUGGUGAACCAGCAACACCUCCGGCAACAGCACCAACAGCACCGCCGGCAGAAGCACCAACAGCACCGCCGGCAGAAGCACCAGCACCGCCGGCAGAAGCACCAGCACCGCCGGCAGAAGCACCAGCACCGCCGGCAGGAGCACCAGCAGCACCGCCGGCAGUAGUACCAGCACCAGCAGCACCGCCGGCAGUAGUACCAGCACCAGCAGCACCGCCGGCAGUAGUACCAGCACCAGCAGCACCGCCGGCAUUAGCACCAGCACCAACAGCACCGCCGGCAUUAGCACCAGCACCAACAGCACCGCCGGCAGAAGCACCAGCACCAACAGCACCGCCGGCAGAAGCACCAGCAGCACCGCCGGCAGAAGCACCAGCACCAACAGCACCGCCGGCAGAAGCACCAGCAGCACCAAGCACCAGCACCAGCAGCACCGCCGGCAGUAGUACCAGCACCAGCAGCACCGCCGGCAGUAGUACCAGCACCAGCAGCACCGCCGGCAGUAGUACCAGCACCAGCAGCACCGCCGGCAGUAGUGCCAGCACCAGCAGCACCGCCGGCAGUAGUGCCAGCACCAGCAGCACCGCCGGCAGUAGUGCCAGCACCAGCAGCACCGCCGGCAGUAGUGCCAGCACCAGCAGCACCGCCGGCAGUAGUACCAGCACCAGCAGCACCGCCGGCAGUAGUACCAGCACCAGCAGCACCGCCGGCAGUAGUACCAGCACCAGCAGCACCGCCGGCAGUAGUACCAGCACCAGCAGCACCGCCGGCAGUAGUACCAGCACCAGCAGCACCGCCGGCAGUAGUACCAGCACCAGCAGCACCGCCGGCAGUAGUACCAGCACCAGCAGCACCGCCGGCAGUAGUACCAGCACCAGCAGCACCGCCGGCAGUAGUACCAGCACCAGCAGCACCGCCGGCAGUAGUACCAGCACCAGCAGCACCGCCGGCAGUAGUACCAGCACCAGCAGCACCGCCGGCAGUAGUACCAGCACCAGCAGCACCGCCGGCAGUAGUACCAGCACCAGCAGCACCGCCGGCAGUAGUACCAGCACCAGCAGCACCGCCGGCAGUAGUACCAGCACCAGCAGCACCGCCGGCAGUAGUACCAGCACCAGCAGCACCGCCGUAGCACCAUCACCAGCACGAGCAGCACGAUCGACAGUAGCAUCAGCACCAGCACGAGCAGCGCGAUCGACAGUAGCACCAGCACCAGCACGAAUAGUAGCACGAGCAGCACCACCGGCAGUAGCACGAGCAGCACGAGCAGCACCGAGAAGAGGAUCCGAAGCACCAAGGAAUGGGACUCGAGAUGAUUGGAGACAGCAGGCAAGAGCAAGAACAACAAAUGGAAGUGAUGAGGGACUGGUUGCCACCGACCCGAACUACGUAAAACUACUGCUCGAGGCGUUGGAUGAAGACUAA